UACCAACCUACAUUUUUUUCUGUCGUAUUUCAGUCUGAUGCUCUCGCAGUCAGCAGCAAGACAUCAUGGAGAUUACAACUCUCAGCAUUCAACUUUUUUUGGUCUUUGUGUUCAUACAAGCUGGCUGCACCUUUGCUGGUGCAGUUUUUCCUCGCAUUGUUCCAAACAGACUUCAGUUCUUUGAAUAUGAGUCUGUCUCUGUACAUUGCAAGGUAGAUAACAACAUCACUGAAUGGAGCGUGAAGUGGAAAUCCCAUAAAAUAGCGAAUGCUUCCCACACAUCAACAUCACCCUGCACAAUUUAUCCCAGUUUUGAAAGUCACAGUGGAGAAUACUGGUGUGAAACUGAAGAUGGAAUAAAAAGUGAGGCCCUGAACAUCACUAUUACUGCUGGUUCUGUAAUCUUGGAAACCCCGACCCACCCUGUGAAGGAGGGAAAUGAGGUGAACCUUAACUGUAAAAACAAGGAAACUCAGUCAGAACACAUAACUGACUUCUACAAAGAUGGCGUCUCUCUCGGGACCUGGAAUCAAAGCAGCAUGAACAUCAAAAAUGUCUCCAAGUCUGAUGAAGGACUCUACAAGUGCAGCAUAUCUGGAGCAGGAGAAUCACCAGAGAGCUGGUUAACUGUUAUAAAACAACAUCAUCCAGCACCUUACAAUGAGACUGAUCUUUCACAAGAAGUCCCUAAAAUUUCACAUGAUGAAUUCCCUAAAAACCACAUUCUGCUUUGGAUUGUCAUCUGUGCUUUAUUGGUGGCUCUGUUGUUGGUGGUAAUAGUCCUGGUUCUACAUAGGAAGCACAAAGUGCGACAAGACACCACUGACCUACAUCAAGCGAAAUAUGCUGUGGGCAGAAAAGAAAGGAAGCAGAAAAAUGGAGACAAUUCAGAUCAUCCAGAUGAUGUCCUGUAUGUCACUAUUAAAAAUCACUGGAAGAAAAAAGAAACAAAACUGUCCAGAGCAGACAUGAAUCCAUGCUGUCAAGAGGGAACUGUCAUCUAUUCUUCAGUCAAGUGAGCCUCAUACAUAGUGUAGUUG